GCAGUCGCGAGCGGCCGGCGGCAGUGGCGGCGCCAUCAUGCCGCGGGAGUUCGAGCUGUGCCCCGGGCGCCGCAUCGGCGGCGACAAUCCCUGCUUCAUCAUCGCGGAGAUCGGGCAGAACCACCAGGGCGACCUGGACAUCGCCAAGCGCAUGAUCCGCAUGGCCAAGGAGUGUGGGGCAGACUGUGCUAAGUUUCAGAAGAGCGAGCUGGAAUACAAAUUCAACAAAAAAGCCUUAGAGAGGCCGUACACCUCCAAACACUCCUGGGGGAAGACCUACGGGGAGCACAAGCGCCACUUGGAGUUCAGUCAUGACCAGUACAGAGAGCUGAAGAAGUAUGCAGAGGAGGUUGGGAUUUUCUUCACGGCUUCUGGCAUGGAUGAGAUGGCUGUGGAAUUUCUUCAUGAACUGGAUGUUCCGUUUUUCAAAGUAGGAUCAGGAGAUACAAACAAUUUUCCGUAUUUGGAAAAGACUGCAAAGAAAGGACGCCCAAUGGUGAUUUCCAGCGGGAUGCAGUCGAUGAACACAAUGCGCCAGGUUUAUCAGAUUGUGAAGCCCCUCAAUCCAAACUUCUGCUUCCUGCAAUGCACCAGUGCCUACCCGCUGCAGCCCGAGGACGUCAAUCUCCGUGUUAUACCGGCGUAUCAGUCAGCCUUUCCCGACAUCCCCAUUGGCUAUUCGGGGCAUGAAACCGGCAUUGCCAUUUCGGUGGCAGCUGUUGCUCUGGGUGCGAAAGUCGUGGAGCGGCACGUGACUCUGGACAAAACAUGGAAAGGAAGUGACCACCAGGCAUCCCUGGAGCCAAAGGAACUGGCCGAGUUGGUGAAAGCCAUCCGUGCUGUGGAAAAAGCAAUGGGCUCUCCAAUCAAACAGCUCUUGCCUUGCGAAAUGGCUUGCAAUGAAAAGCUGGGGAAGUCUGUUGUGGCAAAAGUGACCAUUCCUGAAGGAACCAUACUGACACUUGACAUGCUGACAGUGAAGGUGGGAGAGCCGAAGGGAUUUGCUCCAGAAGCCAUCUUUGAUCUGGUGGGCCAGAAGGUAAAAAAAACAAUUGAAGAGGAUGAAACCAUCACUGAGCAAGCAGUGGAAAAUCACGUCAAGAAAGUGAAGUGCUAAACCAAAGCCCUCCCUUUGAUUUUUUUAUGACGUAGGUCUCUCCUGCUGCACAGCAUGUUUAAGUAUAGCGACAUGGUAGGUUGGAAACGAUCUAAGAAGACUAACAUUUUCUGUGUCUAUUCUGCAGGAAGUUUUUGCAACCAGGGGAUAUAAAUUAUAAAAAGCAAUUUUAUUAGAAACUGCAUAGUACUGUGUCUAGAAAAUGCCAUGUUCCUCCUCUUCCAUUCCACUUAGGUUAAUUUUGGAUUUUUGCCAAAUCCAAGUAGACCAAGGUCUACUGUUUUCUAGCUUUCCUCUUCUGUUAAGAAUGCACUAAUCCUAAUAACUUGUGUAUACUUGAAUACUUCUGUUGCUGUAAGCCUCUCUCUUCUGCCAUUUCCCUUAAUGCCAGGAACAUAGGAUGCACGUUUGAGUCGAAUGCGAAGAGAAAGAUUACCUAAGCUAAACAGACAACUUUACACGUGCAGUGUGAUAGAUUCUUCUUAAGAGAUGUCUUAGCAUGUAAAAAAAGUCUCAAGUUAAAGAAAUGGGUGGCAGGAACCUGCUGGAGGAAUGGAAGUGGACAAACUCAGAGAAGUGUGUGUGGGAUGCCACUCUUUUGAAAGCUAGCUCCUUGAGGAGAACUAGGUUCCAGUGUGCACUUACCUUCUCAAAGGCAGUACCAACAAAGUCAGUGAAUUGGAUAUGUAGACUGCUCCCAUACAAGGAGCUAGAAAAGGAGCCUUUUUGUACAUUUUACAAGCUGAAAGGCAAGACAGCAAGCUAGACAGGGCAAAAUUCACCCCUGAUGGGUCAGUGGAAGUAAAUUCAGUUUGUGCUUCCAGAAAUUGGCAAAAGCACCUGUCAACUUACUGAAUCCUGGCAUCUUAAUAAAUUCUGCAGUGCAGUUGGGUUUCUCUAUUUGUAUGUGGGGACAGCUUCUCAGAUAAGAAGUCAAAUGCUAGUAAAGGUUUUGCAGCCUCCUUUUUGCACAGAGAUGCUGUGUUGGGAUUUCCCUCCCCACACGCUGCUCUUUGAAACAGCUGAAGCUAGCUCCUUGACUGGAUCACCUCACUGACUGGGUCACAGCAUGGUUGCCAGCACUCCUCUGUGCAAUCCGCUCUUGCAGUAGAGGUUCUUUUCAAGUAAGAAGUGCAGUCCUGCCCAUUGUCUUGCUCCUCUUACCUUUGUUUGGGCAGGACCAAAUGGCAGCAGGUAUAACACAUCUCUCAACUAGCUUGAUUAUCACAAAAUCACAUUGGUGUUAUCAGCCUGCGUUUGUCUGUGACAGAAUCAUUUGCUAGUUACAGUUAUGGUUAUUGCUACCUCCUGGUCAUGAAUUGGUAAAAUCUCUUGCAUUUGAUGGUGAUUUUUCUGUGCCUGUGAGUCGUUUACUUUCAAAAUGUGUACUCUUCUGCAGUUCUGAAGAGUCUGUAGCUCUGUCUUUGAAGUGGGAAGGAGCUCUUUGAAUCAUGUGCUUGUGACAGUCUGUGAGUGCUGAUGCACUAUGCUUGCCUUACAUGAAGAAAAAAAUAAAUUGUUGAAUUUUUUUUAAUGGCAAAUUUUAAAAAUAAAUCCAGCUUUUGAAACAA